AUGGGAAAAACGCAAAUAUGGGAAAAACGAAAAUAUGGGAAAAACGCAAAUAUGGGAAAAACGCAAAUAUGGGAAAAACGCAAAUAUGGGAAAAACGCAAAUAUGGGAAAAACGCAAAUAUGGGAAAAACGCAAAUAUGGGAAAAACGCAAAUAUGGGGAAAACGCAAAUAUGGGGAAAACGCAAAUAUGGGGAAAACGCAAAUAUGGGGAAAACGCAAAUAUGGGGAAAACGUAAAUAUGGGGAAAACGCAAAUAUGGGAAAAACGAAAAUCUGGGAAAAACGAAACUAUGGGAAAAACGAAAAUAUGGGGAAACGCAAAUAUGGGAAAAACGCAAAUAUGGGACAAACGCAAAUAUGGGACAAACGCAAAUAUGGGACAAACGCAAAUAUGGGACAAACGCAAAUAUGGGACAAACGCAAAUAUGGGAAAAACGCAAAUAUGGGAAAAACGCAAAUAUGGGAAAAACGCAGGUAUGGGAAAAACGCAGAUAUCGGAAAAACGCAGAUAUGGGAAAAACGCAGAUAUGGGAAAAACGCAAAUAUGGGAAAAAACGCAAAUAUGGGAAAAAACGCAAAUAUGGGAAAAAACGCAAAUGUGGGAAAAAUGCAGAUAUGGGACAUUUGCAAAUAUGGGAAAAACGCAAAUAUGGGAAAAACGCAAAUAUGGGAAAAACGCAAAUAUGGGAAAAACGCAGAGAUGGGAAAAUUUCAGGUGUGGGAAAAACGCAGAUAUGGGAAAAACGCAGAUAUGGGAAAAACGCAGAUAUGGGAAAUACGCAGAUAUGGGACAAACGCAGAUAUAGGAAAAACGCAAAUAUGGGAAAAACGCAAAUAUGGGAAAAACGCAAAUAUGGGAAAAACGCAGGUAUGGGAAAAACGCAGAUAUCGGAAAAACGCAGAUAUGGGAAAAACGCAGAUAUGGGAAAAACGCAAAUAUGGGAAAAAACGCAAAUAUGGGAAAAAACGCAAAUAUGGGAAAAAACGCAAAUGUGGGAAAAAUGCAGAUAUGGGACAUUUGCAAAUAUGGGAAAAACGCAAAUAUGGGAAAAACGCAAAUAUGGGAAAAACGCAAAUAUGGGAAAAACGCAAAUAUGGGAAAAACGCAAAUAUGGGAAAAACGCAGAGAUGGGAAAAAUUCAGGUAUGGGAAAAACGCAGAUAUGGGAAAAACGCAGAUAUGGGAAAAACGCAGAUAUGGGAAAUACGCAGAUAUGGGACAAACGCAGAUAUAG